AGUCUUCCGGAGGCGAGAAACAAUCACCAUCUCAACAACCAUGCCGCUGCCGAAACGAUGGAACAAAUCGAAGCCCCCCCCGGCUGGCUUCGAGGCGAUCGAAGCCACCCUCGAGGCGCUCGAGCACGAGCUCCGUGACAGGAUCAAGGAGACGAACGAGCGCAAGCGCAAGACGGAGUCGAUGUGGCCGGUGCACCAGAUCGGAUGGCAGAAAUCCCGCUACGUCUACGACAUGUUCUACACCUACAAGCGCAUCUCCCGUCCCGUCUACGAAUACUGCCUCCGUCAGAAGCUCGUCGACGCGGCACUCAUAGCCAAGUGGAAAAAGCCGGGCUACGAGCGCCUCUGCAGCACCUACGUGAUCAACCCGACCAACUACAAGUUUGGGACCACCAGCAUCUGCCGCGUCCCUAUGAAGGACCGCGGUCCCGAGCAGAAGACCGCCGUUGAUCCCACCACGGGGUGCCUCGGGUGCGCCUCGGGCCCGGGCGCGGGCCCGAAGAACAUUUUUGGCAACAAGUACGGCCAGUACCUGGCGGCGGUCCAGGUCGCCAGAGAGGCUCGGAUUGAAGGGGCAAAGGAGCAGCGAAGAAAGGAGGAAGAGGAACAGGAACGGACAGGCAACGAUGAGACCGACGACGAUUCGGACACCGAUUCCGGCGGCGACGACGACGGCGUCUGGGCGGGUUCCGGGAGGGUCGGGACGCGGGACGAAAGCGACAGCGAAACAGAGGAACCGAUUAUUCCUCCUUCUGCCAAGAGAGCCAGGACAUGAGCCAGCUGGUUGCGUUCAAAGAUCACGAGUCCGUGCGAAAUAUUCUUGCCGAUGGGCAUCGUCUGGGCUCGGUAUUCAUUUCCAAGGGAAACUACUUGUAGAACCGGUAGUAUCACCAGUAGUAUCACCAGUGCCCCUGGGAUCAUCAUAAGAAUUUCUGAUUUCAAAUUGUGAAGUAGUAUAUUAGUAGUAGACAAUAAUAUUAAUCGUAAGAU